CUCUCACCUAGGCUGGAGUGCAGUGGCACAAUCAUGGCUCACUGCAGCCUUGACCUCCUGGGCUCAGACGAUCCUUCCACCUCAGCCCCCAAGAAGCUGUGAUUACAGGUUCUUUUUGUAAUUUUGUAUAACUCCCAGGAGGACUAUGAAAGAUUAUGAUGAACUUCUCAAAUACUAUGAGUUAUAUGAAACAAUUGGAACAGGUGGCUUUGCAAAGGUCAAACUUGCCUGCCAUAUCCUUACUGGAGAAAUGGUAGCUAUAAAAAUCAUGGAUAAAAAUGCACUUGGGAGUGAUUUGCCCCGGGUCAAAACUGAGAUUGAUGCCUUGAAGAACCUGAGACAUCAGCAUAUAUGUCAACUGUACCAUGUGUUAGAGACAGCCAACAAAAUAUUUAUGGUUCUUGAGUACUGCCCUGGAGGAGAGCUGUUUGACUACAUCAUUUCCCAGGAUCGCCUGUCAGAAGAGGAGACCCGGGUUGUCUUUCGUCAGAUAGUAUCUGCAGUUGCUUAUGUGCACAGCCAGGGCUAUGCUCACAGGGACCUCAAACCAGAAAAUUUGUUGUUUGAUGAAUAUCAUAAAUUAAAGCUGAUUGACUUUGGUCUUUGUGCAAAACCCAAGGGAAACAAGGAUUACCAACUACAGACAUGCUGUGGGAGUCUUGCUUAUGCAGCACCAGAAUUAAUACAAGGCAAAUCAUAUCUUGGAUCAGAGGCAGAUGUUUGGAGCAUGGGCAUACUCUUGUAUGUACUUAUGUGUGGAUUUCUACCAUUUGAUGAUGAUAAUGUCAUGGCUUUAUACAAGAAGAUUAUGAGAGGAAAAUAUGAUGUUCCUAAGUGGCUCUCUCCCAGUAGCGUUCUGCUUCUUCAUCAAAUGCUACAGGUGGACCCAAAGAAACGGAUUUCUGUGAAAAAUCUAUUGAACCAUCCCUGGAUCAUGCAAGAUUACAACUGUCCUGUUGAGUGGCAAAGCAAGAAUCCUUUUAUUCACCUUGAUGAUGAUUGUGUAACAGAACUUGCUGUACAUCACAGAAACAACAAGCAAACAAUGGAGGAUUUAAUAUCAUUGUGGCAAUACGAUCACCUCACAGCUACCUAUCUUCUGCUUCUAGUCAAGAAGGCUCGGGGAAAACCAGUUCGUUUAAGACUUCUUCCUUUUUCCUGUGGACAAACCAGUUCUACCCCAGUCUCAGACAUCCAGUCAAAGAAUCUGAGUCUGGAAGAUAUGACAAGUGAUAAAAAUUAUGUGACUGGAUUAACAGACUAUGACUGGUGUGAAGACAGUUUAUCAACAGAUGCUGCUACUCCCCAAACUCUACAGUUUGCCAGUUAUUGGACAGAAUCAAACGGGCUGGAAGCUAAAUCAUUAACUCCAGUAUUACACAGAGCAUCUGCAGAUAAAUUAAAGAACAAAGAAAAUGUAUAUAUUCCUAAGUCGAUUGUAAAGAAUGAAGAGAACUUUGUGUUUCCUGAGCCAAAGACUCCAGUUAAUAAGAACCAACAUAAAAGAGAAAUACUAGCUACACCAAGUUGUUACAUUACACCUUCAAAAGCUAGAAACCAGUGCCUGAAAGAAACCCCAAUUAAAACGCCAGUAAAUUCAACAGGAACAGCCAAGUUAAUGACAGGUGUCAUUAGCCCUGAGAGGCGGUGCCGCUCAGUGGAACUGGAUCUCAACCAAGCACAUAUGGAGGAGACUCCAAAAAGAAAAGGGGCCAAAGUGUUUGGGAGCCUUGAAAGGGGAUUGGAUAAGGUGAUCACUGUGCUUACCAGGAGCAAGAGGAAAGGCUCUACCAAAGACGGGCCAAGAAAGCUCAAGCUUCAUUAUAAUGUAACUACCACCAGAUUAGUGAAUCCAGAUCAACUCCUGAAUGAAAUAAUGUCUGUUCUUCCAAAGAAGCAUGUUGACUUUGUACAGAAGGGCUAUACACUGAAGUGUCAAACACAGUCAGAUUUUGGCAAAGUGACAAUGCAGUUUGAACUAGAAGUGUGCCAACUUCAAAAACCCAAUGUGGUGGGUAUCAGGAGGCAGCGGCUUAAAGGCGAUGCUUGGGUUUACAAGAGAUUAGUGGAAGACAUUCUAUCUAGCUGCAAGGUAUAAUUGAUGGAUGGUUUCUCUCCUGCCAGUUGAGUGUGGGCAUUUACAGCUCAUGUGGAGACUGGCAUGAUCGGUUUGACUUUAAAGACCAUUGGAACUACCAACUCAUUUGUAAAAAGCUACCUUAGGACCAGUAUCUUUUGUUUAAACAAAAGAUACUAUUUUGUGGAUGAACCUAAGGCAAGCCCAUCUGUCAUUAUCUGUUACUCUCUUUUUUAACCAUGUGGCUUUGUAUAUUGAUAACUGUUACUUUCCUAGCUUCACUUUCAUAUGUGAAUGUAAACCCUUAACUAUAUCUCUUUUUAAUGUAUAAUUUCUUUCUGAAAUAAAAUCAUUUGUGAAUAUA